GGGCGUGUCCAACCGGAGCCGAGUCCGUGUCACCUUCACGGUCACCUGUUCUGUCGGACGUCUCCGUUCUCCUGCAGCGCCCGAAGCCACGAUGAGUCAGUUCCGGGCAUUUGCAGGUGUGCUGAGGAGUGGAAGAUGCCCGUGGUGGCGAGCGUGUGGAGGGACCCUGUCCAAGUCCAGGCCUGAUCCCAGGAGAGGUUGCUCCUCAGAGACCAGGUCGGCUCAGGCAGUGGCAAGUAGUUCCAACUAUGUGGAGGAGAUGUACUUCGCCUGGUUGGAGGAUCAUCAAAAUGUACAUGAGUCCUGGGACGCCUUCUUCCGGAACAUGCGGGGAACAUCCAGUCCGUCUGCGGAGGAGGUUCCCACACGUCCCUGCUCCCUCCUCCAGGGUCGAGUCCUGUCCCAUUCGCCCGACGCAACACGCAAGGUGGUGGAGGACCACCUGGCCGUGCACACGCUCAUCAGAGCCUACCAGAUACGUGGUCACCAUGUGGCCCAGUUAGACCCUCUGGGCAUCCUCGACGCUGACCUGGACUCCUUUGUUCCCUCUGAUCUCAUCACCACCUUUGAAAAAUUAGGCUUUUAUGGUCUCAAUGAGUCUGACCUGGAUAGAAGCUUCCGGCUGCCUCACACCACAUUCAUCGGAGGAGGAGAGACCACUCUCACGCUUAGAGAAGUCAUACGGAGACUUGAGGCGUCCUACUGCGGUCAUGUGGGAGUGGAAUUCAUGUUCAUCAACAACGUGACCCAGUGUCAGUGGAUUCGUCAGAAGUUCGAGACGCCGGGAGCUAUGCGGUUUGCCAACGCUGAGAAGCGGACGUUGCUGGCACGCCUCAUCAGAUCAACACGAUUUGAAGACUUCCUGGCCAGGAAAUGGUCGUCGGAGAAACGUUUUGGUCUGGAAGGCUGCGAGGUCCUCAUCCCCGCUCUGAAAACCAUCAUUGACAUCUCCAGUGCCGCCGGCGUCGACAGCGUGAUCAUGGGGAUGCCGCAUCGGGGUCGACUUAACGUCUUGGCCAACGUGAUCCGUAAGGACCUGGACCAGAUCUUCUGUCAGUUUGACCCCAAGUUGGAGGCGGCGGAUGAAGGCUCCGGGGACGUGAAAUACCACCUGGGAAUGUACCACGAGAGGAUAAACCGUGAGACGGACAAGAACAUCACGCUGUCCCUCAUGGCCAACCCCUCCCACUUGGAGGCGGUGGAUCCCGUGGUGCAAGGCAAGGCCAAAGCUGAGCAGUUCUACAGAGGAGACACGCUGGGGAAAAAGGUGAUGUCCAUCCUGAUGCACGGCGACGCUGCCUUCGCCGGGCAAGGUGUGGUCUACGAAACUUUCCACCUGAGUGAGCUCCCCUCUUACACCACACAUGGUACGGUCCAUGUGGUCGUCAACAACCAGAUUGGCUUCACCACAGACCCUCGGGUGGCUCGCUCGUCUCCUUACCCGACCGACGUGGCUCGAGUGGUCAACGCCCCCAUCUUCCACGUCAAUGCCGAUAACCCCGAGGCCGUCAUGUACGUGUGCGGCGUGGCUGCAGAGUGGAGGAACACCUUCAACAAGGACGUCGUCGUUGACCUUGUUUCUUACAGGCGCUUCGGCCACAAUGAAAUGGAUGAGCCCAUGUUCACUCAGCCGCUGAUGUACAAACAGAUCUGCCGGCAGGAGCCCGUGAUGAAGAAGUACUCUGACAAGCUCAUUGCUGAGGGAGUGGUCACGCUGCAGGAGUUUCAGGAGGAAGUGGCCAAAUAUGACAGAAUAUGCGAGGAGGCCUACACCCGUUCCAAGGACGAGAAGAUCUCCAACAUUCGACACUGGCUGGACUCCCCCUGGCCUGAUUUCUUCACGGCAGAAGGAGAACCUAAGACCAUGAGCUGCCUUCCCACGGGCUUGGACGAGGAGGUCUUGCGGCACAUUGGCCGGACUGCCAGCUCGGUGCCUCUGGAAGAUUUUACGAUACAUCCCGGUCUGUCUCGCAUCCUGCGCAGCCGAGCAGACCUGGUCAAGAACCGUCAGCUGGACUGGGCCCUGGGCGAGUACGUGGCCUUUGGAUCUCUUCUGAAAGAUGGCAUCCACGUGCGGCUCAGCGGGCAAGAUGUGGAGAGGGGCACUUUCAGUCACCGCCACCAUGUCCUUCAUGACCAAAAGAUGGACAAACGCAUCUGUGUUCCCAUGAAUCACCUGUGGACCGACCAGGCGCCGUACACGGUCUGCAACAGCUCCCUGUCGGAGUACGGUGUCCUAGGGUUCGAGCUGGGCUUCGCCAUGGCCAGCCCUGACGCCCUCGUCCUCUGGGAGGCCCAGUUUGGAGACUUUCACAACACAGCCCAGUGCAUCAUAGACCAGUUCAUCAGCUCCGGUCAGGCCAAGUGGGUCCGCAACAACGGCAUCGUGCUGCUCCUCCCGCACGGGAUGGAGGGAAUGGGUCCGGAACAUUCAUCUGCCCGACCUGAGCGCUUCCUGCAAAUGAGCAAAGAUGACCCGGAUCACUUCCCUGACUUCAGUGGAGACUUUGAAGUGCAGCAGCUGCACGACUGUAACUGGAUUGUGGUCAACUGCUCCACGCCUGCUAACUACUGUCAUGCGCUCAGGCGGCAGAUUCUGCUGCCAUUCAGGAAGCCGCUGAUUAUUUUCACUCCGAAAUCUCUGCUCAGACACCCUGAGGCCAGGUCCAGUUUUGACGACCUCAUCGAAGGCACUAGAUUCAAGAGGCUGAUCCCAGACCAGGGUCCUUGCAGCCAAAGUCCAGACCAAGUGAGAAGGUUGAUCUUCUGCACCGGCAAAGUCUACUAUGAGCUGACCAAAGAGAGGAAACAACAGAACCUGGAGAAAGAAGUCGCCAUCAUCAGACUGGAACAGAUCUCUCCUUUCCCCUUCGACCUGGUCCGAGCAGAGGUGGAAAAGCACCACAGCCAGGCGGAGCUGGUCUGGUGUCAGGAGGAGCACAAGAACAUGGGCUACUACGACUACGUCAGACCUCGGUUCCUCACCGUGGUGGCCAACAAGAGACUGGUCAGAUACGUCGGGCGGGACCCGGCCGCCGCUCCCGCCACGGGGAAUAAGUCCACCCACCUUAACGAGCUGCGGAAGUUCAUGGAAACAGCCUUCAACCUGAGCGCCUUCCAGGGAAGGAAAGCUUGAACUGGACUGGAGGUGCAGUUUUCUCUCCGGUUUCUUUUAUUUUUCAUCAGUUUAUCCUACAAGGCAUAAGGAUUCAAAAUGGACCUGACAUACUUUCACCACAAACACUCUCAUUUGCCAACAUGGAAUGUAUCGAUUACAUCUUUUUAUAACGGUUUGUAAACCUGUGGAACCUCAGUCAGUCUGAACGUAGCACACAUAUGAAACAUGCACAAUUAAUACAAACCAGCUGUUUUAAUGCCUGCCAUUCAAUAAUUAUUACCAAAUAAUAACAAUAAGCACAGCAGAUAAAGACUUGAGUAUAAUAAGUAAUCACUGAAGUAGUAGAACUUUAGCCAAGGUAAAACUACUGUAGGGGUAAAGUUUUAAGUAUUUUUUUUUAGCAGUUAAUUGUUUGGCAAGUAACUAACUUAAAUUGUGUAUUAGGGUUGUACGAUAUACCGGUCCUAAUAAAAAGGUGGUUAAUAAAGAGGGUGGUGAAGCGCAAUUUUGAGGUAUUUGGGCUUCAAAACUAAUGUAAAGGUGGCGCUUUAAACAAGGAGGCUGCUUUUAAAAACACCUUUGCUUCAAACUUAGGUAAACAUUUAAAUAACAAGCAUUCGGAUUUGCAAAAGCAGUUAUAAAGAGUGACAGGUAAUGGUGUUGUUACACCUGUCCUGCUGUUCGGCUCCGGUGCAGACCGUAGUCGAGGAGCACAUGGCAGACGUUCCCUUUGGUAUUUUUUAGCAUAGUUAAUUUUUUUGCAAGUAACUAACUAAAAAUGUGUAGAAGGGUUGUACAGUAUACCGGUCCUAGUAAAGUACCGCAAUACUAAUUGAUUGAAAUCGGUACUAUACUACCUUUGAAAAAUACCGGUACCGUCCUUUUUAUCCAAAUGCUGCUGUGCGUCGGUGACGUCAGAGCCGAGGCGCAUGAUGUUGAGCGUGUCGAAAACGCGCACACAAAGUGCAUACAAGCAAUAACAUCUUGGAGAGGAAAAAUGGCAAAAAAAAACAACAAUUCUACUAGUUAAUAAAGAGAGUGGUGAAGCGCAGUUUUGAGGUAUUUGGGCUUCAAAACUAACGUAAAGGUGGCGCUUUUAACAGGGAGGCUGCUUUUAAAAACACGCAUCGCCAAAUGUUGCGAUUAGUGUUAGCACCUUUGCUUCAAACUUAGGUAAACAUUUAAAUAACAAGCAUUCAGAUCUGCAAAAGGAGUUAUAAAGAGUGACAGGUAAUGGUGUUGUUACACCUGUCCUGCUGUUCGGCUCCGGUGCAGACCGUAGUCGAGGAGCACAGGGCAGACGUUCCCUUUGGUAUUUUUAGCAUAGUUAAUUGUUUUGCAAGUAACUAACUGAAAAUUUGUAGUAGGGUUGUACGGUAUACCGGUACUAAUAAAGUACAGGGAUCCUAAUUGAUUGAAAUCAGUGCUAUACUACCUUUGAAAAAUACCGGUACCGUUCUUUUAUCCAAAUGCUGCUGUGCGUCGGUGACGUCAGAGCCGAGGCGCAUGAUGUUGAGCGUGUCGAAACGCGCACACAAAGUGCAUACAAGAAAUAACAUCCUGGAGAGGAAAUAUGGCAAAAAAAAAAACCCCGCAGUUGUACUGGUUAAUAAAGAGAGUGGUGAAGCGCAAUUUUGAGGUAUUUGGGCUUCAAAACUAAAGUAAAGGUGGCGCUUUACACAGGUAGGCUGCUUAAAAACACGCCUCGCCAAAUGUUGCGAUUAGUAUUAGCACCUUUGCUUCAAACUUAGGUAAACAUUUAAAUAAGUAUUCAGAUUUGCAAAAGGAGUUAUAAAGAGUGACAGGUAAUGGUGUUGUUACACCUGUCCUACUGUUCGGCUCCGGUGCAGACCAUAAUCGAGGAGCACAGGGCAGACGUUCCCUUUGGUAUUUUUAGCAUAGUUAAUUGUUUUGCAAGUAACUAACUAAAAAUUUGUAGAAGGGUUGUAUGGUAUAUCGGUCCUAGUAAAGUUCCGCAAUACUAAUUGAUUGAAAUCGGUACUAUACUACCUUUGAAAAAUACCGGUACCGUCCUUUUUAUCCAAAUACUGCUGUGCGUCGGUGACGUCAGAGCCGAGGCGCAUGAUUUUGAGCGUGUCGAAAACGCGCACACAAAAUGCUUACAAGCAAUAACAUCUUGGAGAGAAAAAAUUGCAAAAAAAAACAACAAUUCUACUGGUUAAUAAAGCCAAAUGUUGCGAUUGAUAUUAGCACCUUUGCUUCAAACUUAGAUAAACAUUUAAAUAACAAGCAUUCAGAUCUACAAAAGGAGUUAUAAAGAGUGACAGGUAAUGGUGUUGUUACACCUGUCCUGCUGUUCGGCUCCGGUGCAGACCGUAUAACAGGAGCACAGGGCAGACGUUCCCUUUGGUAUUUUUAGCAUAGUUAAUUGUUUUGCAAGUAACUAACUGAAAAUUUGUAGUAGGGUUGUACGGUAUAUCGGUCCUAAUAAAGUACAGGGAUCCUAAUUGAUUGAAAUCAGUGCUAUACUACCUUUGAAAAAUACCGGUACCGUUCUUUUAUCCAAAUGCUGCUGUGCGGCGGUGACGUCAGAGCCGAAGCGCAUGAUGUUGAGUGUGUCGAAACGCGCACACAAAGUGCAUACAAGAAAUAACAUCUUAGAGAGGAAAAAUGGCAAAAAAAUCGACAAUUCUACUGGUUAAUAAAGAGGGUGGUGAAGCUCAAUUUUGAGGUAUUUGGGCUUCAAAACUAAUGUAAAGGUGGCGCUUUAAACAAGGAGGCUGCUUUUAAAAACACCUUUGCUUCAAACUUAGGUAAACAUUUAAAUAACAAGCAUUCAGAUCUGCAAAAGGAGUUAUAAAGAGUGACAGGUAAUGGAGUUGUUACACCUGUCCUGCUGUUCGGCUCCAGUGCAGACCAUAGUCGAGGAGCACAGGGCAGACGUUCCCUUUGGUAUUUUUUAGCAUAGUUAAUUUUUUUGCAAGUAACUAACUAAAAAUGUGUAGAAGGGUUGUACAGUAUACCGGUCCUAGUAAAGUACCGCAAUACUAAUUGAUUGAAAUCAGUACUAUACUACCUUUGAAAAAUACCGGUACCGUUCUUUUAUCCAAAUGCUGCUGUGCGUCGGUGACGUCAGAGCCGAGGCGCAUGAUGUUGAGCGUGUCGAAAACGCGCACACAAAGUGCAUACAAGCAAUAACAUCUUGGAGAGGAAAAAUGGCAAAAAAACCCAACAAUUCUACUAGUUAAUAAAGAGAGUGGUGAAGCGCAGUUUUGAGGUAUUUGGGCUUCAAAACUAACGUAAAGGUGGCACUUUACACAGGGAGGCUGCUUUUAAAAACACGCCUCGCCAAAUGUUGCGAUUAGUAUUAGCACCUUUGCUUCAAACUUAGGUAAACAUUUAAAUAACAAGCAUUCAGAUUUGCAAAAGGAGUUAUAAAGAGUGACAGGUAAUGGUGUUGUUACACCUGUCCUGCUGUUCGGCUCCGGUGCAGACCGUAGUCGAGGAGCACAGGGCAGACGUUCCCUUUGGUAUUUUUAGUAUAGUUAAUUGUUUUGCAAGUAACUAACUGAAAAUUUGUAGUAGGGUUGUACGGUAUAUCGGUCCUAAUAAAGUACAGGGAUCCUAAUUGAUUGAAAUCAGUGCUAUACUACCUUUGAAAAAUACCGGUACCGUUCUUUUAUCCAAAUGCUGCUGUGCGUCGGUGACGUCAGAGCCGAGGCGCAUGAUGUUGAGCGUGUCGAAAUGUGCACACAAAGUGCAUACAAGCAAUAACAUCCUGGAGAGGAAAUAUGGCAAAAAAAACCCCGCAGUUGUACUGGUUAAUAAAGAGAGUGGUGAAGCGCAAUUUUGAGGUAUUUGGGCUUCCAAACUAAAGUAAAGGUGGCGCUUUACACAGGUAGGCUGCUUAAAAACACGCCUCGCCAAAUGUUGCGAUUAGUAUUAGCACCUUUGCUUCAAACUUAGGUAAACAUUUAAAUAAGUAUUCAGAUUUGCAAAAGGAGUUAUAAAGAGUGACAGGUAAUGGUGUUGUUACACCUGUCCUGCUGUUCGGCUCCGGUCCAGACCGUAGUCGAGGAGCAGAGGGCAGACGUUCCCUUUGGUAUUUUUAGCAUAGUUAAUUGUUUUGCAAGUAACUAACUGAAAAUUUGUAGUAGGGUUGUACGGUAUAUCGGUCCUAAUAAAGUACAGGGAUCCUAAUUGAUUGAAAUCAGUACUAUACUACCUUUGAAAAAUACCGCUACCGUUCUUUUAUCCAAAUGCUGCUGUGCGUCGGUGACGUCAGAGCCGAGGCGCAUGAUGUUGAGCGUGUCGAAAUGUGCACACAAAGUGCAUACAAGCAAUAACAUCCUGGAGAGGAAAUAUGGCAAAAAAAUCGAAAAUUCUACUGGUUAAUAAAGAGAGUGGUGAAGAGCAAUUUUGAGGUAUUUGGGCUUCCAAACUAAAGUAAAGGUGGCGCUUUAAGCAGGGAGGCUGCUUAAAAACACGCCUCGCCCAAUGUUGCGAUUAGUAUUAGCUCCUUUGCUUCAAACUUAGGUAAACAUUCAAAUAACAAGCAUUCAGAUCUACAAAAGGAGUCAUAAAGAGUGACAGGUAAUGGUGUUGUUACACCUGUCCUGCUGUUCGGCUCCGGUGCAGACCGUAGUCGAGGAGCACAGGGCAGACGUUCCCUUCAGGGUCGAUGUUUCGUUGGGGGUCCGAACCGCUUUCGGGUCCAAAUCACAAGGCCGCCGAUUUGUGAUUUAUUACAUUCCAACCUAAUCCUAGUUUAUGGCAGACUAUAUGUAAUAUGGAAAAUUGUAAAUUGUUCUUUGAGUGUAACAAGAAAAGCCCAAUGUGUUUAAUGCCCUUUAAUUUAUAUUUUAACCUUGUAAAAUUAUUAUUUUAGUACAAUAGGAAACAUAUGUUUAAUAUAUUGUAAGUGUUUUCGUAGUUCCGUUUAUUUGGAAAAGUAUCAAAGUAUUGAUAUACAUUUUGGUACCGGUACAACUCUAAUGUGUAGUAAAUAAUCAUAAUAAUAAUACAUUUUAUUAAUUGUACAAGCGUUUAUCCAAAAACUUGAGAGACUUUUACAAAAAGCAAUAAAAGUACAAUUAAUGAAUACAAAAAAAGCAAUGAAUACCGAAAUAUCAGUCAUUCAUUUAAAAACUAAACAAAACUAGGGCACAUUUAGCAUUUUAGCGCUAUAAAGCUGUAUUUUUAUGAGUAAAAAACUUGCAAUGUUUUAUACUGUACCUGUAUCGAUAAUUUUUACAUAAAGUAGCCUUUUUUUUUAAUAACAGUACAACGACUUUUUAGCGAUACGAUACUCUUAUUCUCUCAUAACUUGUUUUUGUAAUAUAAUAUUAGGGCAUGGGGAGACGGGGGUUACGGGUUGGAUCCUGGCCAGGAGAGCUCAUGCCGAAGUGUCCCUGAGCAAGGCACCCCCCACUGCUCCUGAUAGGCCGUGGUUAGCACCUUCUAUCUUUAGUGUGUAAAUGGGUGAAUGUGAUGUACAAAACUCAAAGCCAGCGAAGUUGGCACUUUGUAUAAAUCGUAAAUAAAAACAAAAUAAAAUGAUUUGCAAAUCCUUUCAGACCUAAAGUAUAUUCAAAAGCCAGCAUGAUGGUAUGGAAGUGUAUUAAUGCUCAAGGUUGAAUUUUUGACCACUCCUCUUGACACAAUUGGUGCAGUUCUGCUAAAUGUGUUGGUUUUCGGACAUGGACUUGUUUCUUCAGCAUUGUCCACAUGUUUGGGUCAGUACUUUUGGAAGGCCAUUCUAAAACCUGAAUUCUAUCCUUUACCACUUUUGACAUGUUUCUGGGGUCAUUGUCCUGGUGGAACAACUGCGCCCAAGACCCAACCGCCGGCCUAGUGAUUUGAGGUUGUCCUGAAGAAUUUGGAGGUAAUCCUCCUUUUUCAUUGUCCCAUUUACUCUCUGUAAAACUGUCAGAGUACGUUGGUGACGAACCCCAAGAUGCAGAGAAGGAGGCAGGCAUUGAAUAGGAAAACAUGAUUUAAUUAAAAUACUAGUGUCAGGCUUUCCCCUGACAGUUUGUCUAUGUUUUAGUUUUUUCCUCUGCAUUUGUCUGUUUCCUCUGUGUUUAGUAUCUGCUGUCUUUAGUUCCUGUCUAGUUCUCUUAAUUUGUCAGCUUCCUGUCUUGUUCCCUGAGUGCUGUGUUCCUCUUUAGCCGCGGCUGAUUGGCACCUGGCCACACCUGUUGCCAAUCAGCCCGCUCCUAUUUGUACCUGCUUUGUCUUGUGUCAGUUGCUGGAUCAUUGCAUUGUCAUUCGGACUUGUCGUUGCCAUAUGUUGCUCUUGUCGUGUCUGUGAUUCUUUUCAGCUAUUACCUGUCAUGCUACAUGUUGUCCUGGUCGUCGUAGCGGAUAGCUCGGUUGGUAGAGUGGCCGUGCCAGCAACUUGAGGGUUGCAGGUUCGAUUCCCGCUUGUGCCAUCCUAGUUACUGACGUUGUGUCCUUGGGCAAGACACCUUACCCACCUGCUCCCAGUGCCACCCACACUGAUUUAAAUGUAACUUAGAUAUUGGGUGUCACUAUGUAAAGCGCUUUGAGUCACUUGAGAAAAGCGCUAUAUAAAUAUAAUUCACUUCA